UCUCCGAUAAUUAGAAAAAUUCUCUUCAGUAGUUUCUUUUUGAUUGCUUUGCUGUGCCGUGAUAUUAUUUUUCUUUUUCAUCAGAGGCUUUCAUUUGUCUCUGUCAGAAAUGAAUGAACCCAGAGAUUGACGAUAGUUCAUGAACUAUUUCGUUUUGAUGUCUUGUCUAAUUAUGCUGAUUCAUUUCUAUCAGUGGCUCUUGUUUAGUUUUCUGCUAUAUAGAUGAUCUUCGAGAAUUAGAAACAUUCUCUUUAAUAAUUUUUUUAUUGCUUUGCUCUGUCGUGUUGUUUUUUUUUUCUAUUUGAUCAGAGGCUUUUGUUUGUCUCUGCUAGAAAUGGAUGAACCCGGAGAUUGACGAUAGUCCAUGAAAUCUUUCGUUCUGAUGUGUUGUCUUGUGAUGCUUAUUCCUGAAAUAUUUUGUUCCGAUCACUUGUCUUGUGAUGCUAGUCUUGGAAUUUUGUUUUGAAAAUAACAAUUUCUUUUUUUUAUUUGUUUUUUCGUGGUUAUUUUUUCGCUUUGAUCAGAGGCUGUUGUCUAUCUCUGCCAGUAAUGGAUGAACUCAGAUAUUGACAAUCGUUCAUGAAAAAUUCGUUCUGAUUCAUUGUUUUGUGACGUUUAUUCAAAACUGUUAGUGGCUGUUGUUUUUCUUUUCUAUACCUAUAUGAACCCCGAGAAGUUAAAUAAAAUUGGAAUUGUAUUUUAUUGCUGUUGUGAUGUUUUUUUGCUUUGAUCAGAGGCUGUUUCCUAUUUCCUUAUCAACUAUUUCCUGAUAAUAUUUCCUUCUGAUUCCUGGUUGAUAUUGUUAACUAUCUAAUUUUUGCUAUAUCACUAUAUGGAUUCAAUUUAUUAAGAGGCUAACCGUUUUUUGCCAGUAGUGUCCUUAUGGUUUCGUGACGUUACAUCACUUUGAAAGGGGACUAGAAUUUUUUGGUUCUCUACGUUUUGUGAGUUCGAUUUUACAUAAGUAAAUUAUUUUGUUUAGCUAAAAUUGGCAGCAUACAAAAUUGAAUUAAAAAAUUCGGUUUGUCUUGAUUAUGAUCUUUGCAAACAUAACAGUUGUCAACUGAACCAAUCAUAUAUGUUUCCAAGCUUCCGAGUUUUUCUCUGAUAUACAAAUCCUGAAAAAUUUGAAGAAAUUUAUACGAUAAUUUAUAUACGAUUAUACGAAAUCGAUAAUUGGCGACUCUUUUUUUGAGACUUUCCUUGUACUGCAAGAUGAUAGAUUUUAGGGGCGGCUCAACUCCAACACAAAAAAUUUUCUGAGAGUAAUCAGAGAUUUUCGGGGGGCAAAAGAUAUAAUCGAGCUUCAAAAACAAUCUGAAAAGCCUUGAGUGGUCGCUAUAACUGAGCAAGGAUUUUGAUCUCGAGUUAUACUAUUAAGUUUUUAUACAAAGCCAAAAUAUUCGGUUAUACGUUAUACUAUAGUCAGAUUAUACGAUUUUAAGUUACGUUUUAUAAUUGUACGUCAUAUAUCACAGGAACAGGUGACACUUGUUGACUUUUGGCCUUGUUCUUUCGAGAAAAAAAAAACGAAGUAUUUUUGGUUAUAAUGAUUGAUCUGGAAAGAAACGAUGGGUUGUGAUAAACAAAGGUGGGGAUUUUCCUGAGACUUGUGAGAUUGUUAUUUUCAUUUCAGCGCUGUUGAGAACAUAUAUAUGAAAUAUUUUGUCUUUGUUGUGAAGGACCUAAGAAUGCUUGUGGUGUGGCUGUUCAAUUUUGUAAGAUUCGACGCGUGAUUUGAUUUGAUUGUCUUCGUUGUCAGCUUAGAUUUAUCAAGGACCGUAAAAAUAUUUUAUGAAUUGACGAGGUAGCAAGUUAUGAAGCCUCUGUAAUGGUGGCAGUUUGUUUUUACACUUCCUUGUUUUGUCUUUGUUUUUUGUUAUGGUUUUCCGCACCCGUUCACUUGUUUGUCUAUGUAGCCUCAGGGUAUUGAAGUACACAAAGAUUGCCAGAUGUUUUUGUUCUAGACGUCUCAUUCUUUUACUUGGGACGGCUGAGUAAACAUGCCACAAAUUUUCCUAGCCGGUGGUCCAAUCCAGAUUCUUGCAGCUGCAACGAAAGAACGGCAGUUUAAAGUCUUUUCUGGCUUUGUUUUAAAUAAGAAGUUAAGGAUUACCGAUUACAUAUGUCAUUUGUGCCCAUUAAAUCUCUUAAAAGCUUUGAUCUUUCUUUGAUGAGGCUGCUUACCAUCUCUGUUUUGUCUGCUCGAUCAAUUUUUUGAUAAUGGUCUGAUUGUCGUCACGAUCAAACGAUUUGAGCUGUCUGAUUUAAAAUUGGUGGAUUAAUAACUACUUGCGUAUAUUGCCAAUGAAAUCGAAAAAUAUCUCUUUUUAUAGAUACAAUUAAAUUAAAAGCUAAAUAUAAAACUUCACUGUGUAGAUUGAUUUAAGACAGACAGCGCUUGAGAGAAGGUGCUUGUGGUCAUAUCUAUAUUUUUGUGGUUGGUUGACUGCUGCUUAAAAAUAGAUAAAAAUAGUUUGGAAUCAGUCUUGCGCGGACGGUUGAACGCACACCCCCAGAAAUUAAGCCAAUGAUACGAUCUGAAUUUUGAUACGCAGCAAGAAGGCUUUGAGUGGCCUACAAUUUAUGAAUUUUCAAUUGAAAAUUAUCAAUAGAUUAUUGGAUUGGUUAUAUUGAGAUUUUGUGUAACAGUUAUAAAUAUGUAUGCACCUUGUCACAUUGGCUUAAAUAGUUCUCAUUUUACUCUGACUCGGUUGAUAUUGAUUGCCGUGGUGCUCAUUACCCCCUUAUUGAGUGGCUCCGGUUCCAGAGUGAAGCUUUUCUUCCAUUCAAAGAGAUAUAAGUCGCAAGUGUUCAUCGAAGCAAAAGAAAACACCGUCUUAUUCUGCAACAAUCAAGAUUGUGUUGCGAGUCAUGAUGAGCCAGACCACUUUGCCAGUCUGAACUUCGUGUCGUGGCAGGAGUACACUAACCUGGGCUUCCCCAUUGUGACCAGCAACAAGUAUGAACAGAUGCACUCUCUCAAUGGGUUUCACAAUUUCGUAGUGGAUACUCAUUCCAAGAAGGAUCACUCUAUGCUGUGUGACAGCAAAGACCUGUUCGCGAAGACUAACAAGCAGUGCAAGGGACUGUCGUUCAAAGGCAGAUUGAGUCCCAAACUGGUGGAGAGUGAGCGACCCUGGACAGCCUCUCUGUCUGUGCUGAGUGUGAGCGUGGACAUGACUGUGUUGAAACAGAGUGCCCCCUUCACCUUCAGACACACGCCAGAGUACAAACUGGCACUCAGUCCUCUCGAUAUAGUGAUCCAACUCACAAUCACUGGCUGGUCCUUCUGCAACCUCGGAAGUGUUGAGUGUCCUGUGCAACUAGAAGCUUCGGACUCCACCCAUCUGGUGUUCACUCUAGACUUCAAGUUGGACAACUUCCGACCCAGACUAACGGGUGAAACAAACCACUACAAGAAGUACUCACUGGGUGACGGAGCUUGUCUGUUCGUGGGAAAAUUCUAUUACCGCACACACCCCACACAGUUUUACAACCCAACUACCCCUGAGUACCAGAAUGAUGCCAUACCGCCGGCGUUUGAGGGGGUGCAGUUUCUAGUGAAUGGGGGAAUUUUCCCGCAGUUGAAAAAUGAGUCCAAACCUGUAUGGUUGAAGCAACCCCCAGGCUUCCCGACAACUGAUUUCAGCUCGAAGUUUGCGUUUUUCAUGGAGCAAACGAAGAGUCUCUACGACGAGACAAUGUUCGAAAUUGUCUACAGACCGCCUAGCUUAGGAUCAAAGUUGCCAAAUGGGUGCUGAAUUAACUCAAUCGGCAAUUUAGACUGACAUAAAUUAAUCCCUAGCAUAAUUUCUUGAUACUUUGUCAAUCUCGUGAAAUGUUGAAAAUAUUUCAUGUUUGAA